GAGCCGGCAGCUGGAGGACAUCCUGAACACGUACUGUGUGGAUGCCAGCCAGGACGGUCCAGGAGAUGACGGUGGACAGAGUGAGCCUGCAGAGCCAGACGAAGCAGACAAGUGCCGGAGCGAAUCCCCCAGGAAUGGCGGGCAGGAACCAGGCUGCCCCGAGAUGAACGGAGAGAAGGAGGGCUCCAAGGGUCCGGAAGAGUUCCGAGUCAAUGACGAGUGUGGGGAGCGUGAUCAGAAACGGGCCCAGGAGAAGAAAAAAGCCAAGGGUCUCGGCAAGGAGAUCACGUUGCUGAUGCAGACGCUCAACACGCUGAGCACCCCGGAGGAGAAGCUGGCGGCCCUUUGCAAGAAAUACGCUGAGCUGCUGGAAGAGCACAGGAACUCCCAGAAGCAGAUGAAGACCCUUCAGAAGAAGCAGACGCAGCUGGUGCAGGAAAAGGACCAUCUGAGGAGUGAACAUAGCAAGGCCAUCCUGGCCCGCAGCAAGCUGGAGAGUUUGUGCCGCGAGCUCCAAAGACACAACCGCACCCUCAAGGAGGAAGGCGUCCAGCGUGCGCGAGAGGAGGAGGAGAAACGGAAGGAAGUGACAUCCCAUUUCCAGGUGACGCUGAACGACAUCCAGCUGCAGAUGGAGCAGCACAACGAGCGGAACGCCAAGCUGCGCCAAGAGAACAUGGAGCUGGCGGAGAGGCUGAAAAAGCUCAUUGAGCAGUACGAGCUGCGGGAAGAGCAUAUCGAUAAGGUGUUCAAACACAAGGACUUGCAGCAGCAGCUGGUAGAUGCCAAGCUCCAGCAGGCCCAGGAGAUGCUGACGGAGGCAGAGGAGAGACACCAGCGGGAGAAGGACUUUCUGCUGAAAGAGGCCGUGGAGUCGCAGAGAAUGUGUGAGCUGAUGAAGCAGCAGGAGACCCAUCUCAAACAGCAGCUUGCCCUCUACACGGAGAAGUUUGAGGAGUUUCAGAACACGCUUUCCAAGAGCAGCGAGGUGUUCACUACAUUCAAACAGGAGAUGGAGAAGAUGACAAAAAAGAUCAAGAAGCUGGAGAAGGAGACCACCGUGUACCGGUCUCGCUGGGAGAGCAGCAACAAGGCUCUGUUGGAGAUGGCUGAGGAGAAAACCCUUCGGGACAAGGAGCUGGAGGGGCUUCAGGUGAAAAUCCAGCGCCUGGAGAAGCUGUGCCGAGCCCUUCAGACCGAGCGUAAUGACCUGAACAAGAAGGUGCAGGACCUGUGCACCCAUACGCCUCAGCCCGACGCAGACGUGCUGGAACCCCUCAAGGACCCAUCUCGAGACAGCUCUGGUGAGCCGGCACCAGGGGGCGCUGUAGCACAGCAGUGCCCUGGGGAAGAUUGUCUUCGUUCCACGAAGCCCGUGCCCGGCACAGAACCUGCGGAGAACCCGGGAGAACUGAGCAUAGGAGCGCUGGGUUAGGUCGGGACAGAGGAAUGCUCUCACUGUGCUGAGUAAGCCCUUUAUCAGCAGGUAGGGGAAGGGAUGGUCACAUGUGAAUGGUUCAACAGCUCGGUCUAAUGUCCUUUCCUUGGUCCCAGGACUGGGGGCUUUGAGAUUUUUCCAGUUUAGGCUUUUGGAGAUUUUUUUAAUAUAUACAUACAUACAUAUAUAUAUAUAUAUGAUAUAUAAAAUGAUGUGCAGGGCAACAUACACUUUUAUAUAUGGAUAUAUAUAAACUAGAGUGAGCCACUCCCCUGCGUGUGCGUGGAUAUCUAAUUCACAGAUUUUUAACUGAUUGGCCCUUUUCCUGAACGACCUUGUUAAUGGUGGGCGGGGAUGUCCUUUUCGAAGCUAGGCAGCUCAGGGGAGCAGAUAGGAGGGACUGGUGACAGUUCACCCGCCGGCUCAUAGCAUCCAAACAACUGGAAAUGUCGCUAGCGCCGCCUGAGGCUGUGCAAUUUUUAACAUCACUUUAACGUAGAGGGUGGAACUGGGCACAAUUUGGAGUGUUCCCCAGCCUUGGAUGCUCCUUUGGGUGGCUGUAGACAGGAUGGGGGCACUGGGGUGUGCUAGCGUAUUUUUUUUCCUGGUUAGCAGCUUUCUCUUUCCCGUAGGAAGGGGAGGGAAGAGGCUGUUUUUUCUUUGUCAUUCAGUCCAUGUAUUGUAUAGGAACGAAAGGAAAUGGAGAAACAGCCCGGGUCUUGGACGCAUCAGAAAGCUCCCUCAGCGGGCAUCCCUCUGGGCCUUCGAUAUUCCCAGAACCUGCUGAUGUCUCAGUAGCCUUAUAAUUCACAGUUGCCUCGACGCUAGACGCACACGUGCACAAAUGUAUUAAAGAGUUAAUCCAAAGGUCUACUUCCGACUUGUUUUGCACAUGAACCCUGUGAGGGUGUGAGGAGGCCCUGCAGGUUACUGUCUAGAUUGCUUUCCCCGAGGAAGGGUCUCCGUGCUGCCCCAUGGCGGGUGUUUACAAAGCAGUGGGUCCAUAAAGACAAAACCUCAGCGUUCUCCGGGGCCCGUGAGGAACGUUCUCUGGGCCGAGCCCGAGAAGGGAGCCAUGUCCACAUGGAUAUUCUACUGGCUGGGAUGUGCUGCUGCUCCAGUGCUUUGGCAGGCUCCUUUUGACUUUGUCUUUCCAACACUUGAUUCACAAGCACCCUUCCCCAGUAACUCGACAGCCUACCUGUGUCCUGGCUGUCAGGCUGACAGCUGCUCUGCAGGGAAGGCUUGUGGAGAGAAAUGGGCGCGCACAGUCUCUCCUGUCAGCAGAGUGUGAGAGCAGCACGCGAUUCGUCCAUCCUGUCAGUUCCUCAAGAGGGGGAUGUGCUGCUUCAACAAAUCCUUAGGGGGGUGAAAUACCGUAGACUUCAGCUUGGGAGUCUUGCCUGAGCAAGGACUUCUGGGUUUGGCCCUCAGUUGACCAUUUCUCUAGACUCCCCCUGCUCUCACGUAAAUCUUCCCAUUUUGGGAAGGGCAGUCCUCUGCUGGUUUUGAAGCAGGCCUCACUAACACUUACAAUCACAAUACACUUUAUUUUCAGUACCCUCCUCCUUUGCUUAAAACCAAACCGGAUCAACUCAAGUACAUUUCAGUCACUCUCCAUUCUGUUAUCUGUCUUGGACUGGAUCCGUUUUUCUUCCCAUUGUUUCUCUUCUAAAACAGCAGGAUUGCCAGCAGAUCAUCUCUAGGCAGCUGCUCAGGGGUCUGGUAAACCAUCCUCAUGGCUGGUUUUGGGAUCAGCCAGCUACUGUACACUAGUCCUGCGUUCAGUGGUGUCGAAUCACUAUGGCUCUUCUGGUUAACGUAUUAGGUCCUGUCUCCACUAAAGACCUAACAAGCUGGAAUCUUUCUGGUCUUCACAGAGCAGGAGGUCUUAGCCUGCUGGUUAGCCUGGGUCUUGCCUUAAGUCAGUGGAAUAUACUCUAUGGAGCGUGGCUUUGGUUUUGUCUUUUGGCCCCCUUGCUUUAAAUAUCACUACUGUCAGCUCCAGGCAGUCCCUCUCUGCCUCGCAGUGCAAACUGGGACUGACUGAGCAAGAGAAUGUAUUUAUGACCUGAUGGGACCACGCCUCAUUGCUGGACGGUUAGUUAAGGUCAAGGACUGCAGCCUGACUUUCCUCUGCUCCCUCUGUUUAGAAAUCCACAAACUCUUUUUUGCAAUGGUACAGAUAACCUAUAUCUGUGGUCUGUUGUCUGUAUCGUCAUAUCCAAUAGAAAUGCACAUGAACUG